AUGUUAAGGCGAAAAGUUGGAUCAACAAUUAAAGAAUACUCAACUCAUUUUCGCAAGAUAAUCCAUCGCCGUUACAAUACUAAAAUUUGGAAGAUAUGGGAACAUUAUCUUUGAGUGACUACGAGGCGGUGACGAUUCCAGUACCUUGGGGUUAUAUCUCGGGUCGUUGGUACGGCAAUCGAAAGGAGCGACCCAUUCUGGCGAUUCACGGAUGGUUAGACAACCUGGGCACCUUCGAUCGGCUGAUUCCCCUUCUACCCGAUUAUAUAGGAGUACUCUGUAUCGAUCUGCCGGGACAUGGAAGAUCCUCGCACCUCCAGCCGGGAAUGUACUACAGCGUCUACGAUUACGUGUUUAUAAUUCCACUGGUGAUGAAGGAGUACGGAUGGUCAAAGGUCUCUCUGAUAGGUCACUCAUUAGGCGGAGUUCUGAGCUUUAUAUACGCCUCUCUAGCCCCACGCACCGUGGAUAUGAUCGUCUCCUUGGACAUUUUGCUGCCGUUGAGAAAUGAUAUAGACUACAUGGCCCUGAGUAUUGAGAAGCAACUUCUGGAUGUUGAGCGGCAGAAGCUGGGAAAUUAUAGUGAGCCACCAUCCUAUACUCACACUGAACUAGGAAAAGUUCUGGCAAAAGGAAGCUAUAAUUCCGUAUCUCCAAAACUUGCCAAGCAUCUCCUCCAUCGCCAGUUAACCAAGUCGAAGCUAUUUCCCGAAAGGUUCUACUUCUCCAGGGAUAUACGAGUCAAAUACUACCACUAUAUAGACAUCGACCAGGGUCUUGGUGCAGAAAUGGCGAGACGGAUUCGGAGGAAACCAUACUUGAUCAUAAAGGGCUCCCUGUCGCCAUCUCUUUCGUCCCGUUGCAAUGAGGCCAUCUCCAUUUUGGCCGAGGAUAACCCACACUUUGAGUUCUACGAGGUGGAGAAUGGCACCCACCAUCUCCAUCUCCAUGCCGCCGAGGAGUGCGCCGGUUACAUUGUGCCCUUCAUCCAGCAUCAUCGACCUCCUGCCUUGACCUCUUGGACCCUCACUGGAAAAGAGGAUAACCCUAGUUUAAGGAACCGAAAAGGAUUUUUCGCUUGGACCAAGAAAAAACGCAGCAAGUUGUAAAAUAUGGAUAGUACAAAGUCUAAUUCCGGUUAGAUGUAAAUUUUUAGUAUUUCUUAUCUUUUAAAUUAUUGUUAAUGGAAAUUUUGUUCUAAAUAUUAAGCCCUAGACAUUAUAUUGUAUUUUUUGCUAA